CCCUCCUUCUAUCUCUUAACUCUUUCUUCUUGUUCCUCAGUUAUCAUCAUCAUCAAACCCCAACCUCUCCCUCUAUCUCUCUCUCCCCUAGUUUAGAUCCUUGUGGAAUUCAUCGAUCAGCGGAUUCAUCCUUUUCUCUUCUCCCUUAUAACCAUAUAAACAAAAAUUAAACCCUUGGUCUCAAAUUUUUAAUCUAUGUUAAUCUUUUACUUAAUUUCACAUAAUACCAAUGGAGGAAGGAUCAAAGAUCUAAGCAGCUAAGAGUACUAUCUUUUCUAUUAUUUUUCCUCGGCUUAACUUAAUCAUUUGUCCACUUAAAAGGCCCGAUUUUGAGCUUCAAACAUGGCAAACCCAUGGUGGACAGGUCAAGUAAAUCUAGCUGGAGUUGAAACAUCAUCCCAAGCCGGCGCACAGACACUCAAGAAGCCAGAUCUAGGCAUAUCUAUGAACGACAACACUGGAUCAAGAGAUAAUAAUGAUGAAGAAAGAGAGCACAGUGAUGAGCCAAAAGAGGGCGCAAUUGAGGUCGCCACACGCCGACCUCGUGGACGCCCUCCCGGCUCGAAAAAUAGGCCAAAAUCGCCCAUUUUCGUGACAAGGGAUAGUCCAAAUACAUUAAGAAGUCAUGUUAUGGAAGUAGCAAAUGGUGCAGAUGUAGCUGAAAGCAUAGCACAGUUUGCAAGAAAGCGUCAAAGAGGUGUUUGUGUAUUGAGUGCCAGUGGAACAGUAACAAAUGUAACCCUAAGACAACCAUCUGCUCCUGGUACUGCUGUCAUGGCAUUACACGGUCGUUUCGAGAUUUUAUCGUUGACCGGCGCAUUCCUCCCCGGUCCUGCUCCGCCCGGGUCAACAGGAUUGACUAUAUACCUAGCAGGUGGACAAGGACAGGUCGUGGGUGGAAUUGUAGUAGGGUCAUUAGUAGCUUCAGGACCUGUUAUGGUGAUUGCCUCUACUUUCUCAAAUGCUACUUAUGAGAGGUUACCGUUAGAAGAGGAGGAAGAAGGUGGAGGCGCCGCCGCAGCACAAGGACAACUUGGAGGAAGUGGAUCACCACCACCACCACCACAACAAGGUGGUAUGGGUGAAAUUCCAUCUUCAAAUAUGCAGACAGUGUAUAAUUUGCCACCAAAUUUGCUACCUAAUAAUGGUGGACAGUUGAACCAUGAAGCAUUUGCUUGGCCACAUGGACGCCCUCCUUACUAAAAUUAAUGGUAAAAUAUAUGUUAAUAAUAGUUAAGAAAAUUAUUUAGAGAAGUAGAGCCCGGUUCCCUCCUUAAUUUAUUUAUGUUUGUGUGCCCAAAUUUUGAGAGUAGGUUAAGAAAAACAAAGUUAAGGUUUUAAUGAUGUAUAUUAUCUGAAUUAUAUAUUCUCCUUGUAUUCAUUUCUCGAUUUGUUCAUGUCAUUUUGCGCAUCCACCAUGCUAAUUUUUUCUUGUAAUUCCAAUUUUA